AUCAGCUGAUUCAGUGUAGUGUGACAGUGCCUUCAGAGUAGCGUACGUAGUGGCAUAUCACGCAAUAACAAGUGAAAUAAGUAACAAAGGCCACAUAAUCUGGUCUAGUGUCAGCGUUAUUUGAUAUCUACUUGGCAUUUGACCAGUGGAGAGCAGGAAAGGCUGGAGUAAUGGCGAGGCGUGACGUGGUGUACUCUGUAAACCCGAAUAAGCCAGCUUUUUCGAUGCUGGACGAUGACGACAUUGCAUCGGAAUUCCUGAAUACAUCAAGUGCUACCUACUUGGCAGCAGAUAAGUUGCCCCCAGGGCCAGAACAGCAAGCAGCCAAUGAAGCCGAAAUGAGGCGACAGGAACUGCUAAAGCAGAUGAGGCAGGUGGAGCAGCGAACAUUAGAAUCUUCAAAAAGAAGUAUUGGAAUGUUACAUGAAUCUGAAAAAGUGGGAAUUGAGACAGCUGAGGAAUUGGUUAAACAAAGAGAACAGCUUAUGAACACUGAGAGAAGAAUCGAUGAUAUUAAUAAUACACUAAAAGACACACAGAAAAACAUCAAUAGCAUUAAGAGUGUUUUUAGCAGCUUGAAGAACUGGUGGUCAACCCCGAAACAGACAAACGACGAUGGCAAAGCUACCUCUCCCACCUCUCCCAAUGCUGAGAACCCACCUGCUGUCACUGCCAACCCGAAUUUAGGCCCAGCGUAUGAGAGGAGCCAGAUGUCUGUCUCGACUCUGAAACCCAGUACCCAUCCAGCAAUGCGGCUAAAAGGACUAGAAGAAGAGGAAGAAGUGGAGCCUGACUAUAGAGACUUCCGUGCUAACGUGACACGUGUCAAUAAGGAACUGGACUCAGACCUAGAUGUGAUGUCUGCCGGCCUCUCUCGACUGAAGGGUCUUGCAAUUGGCCUUGGAACAGAGAUUGAAGACCAGAAUGUAAUUGUUGAUCGCAUUACGGGCAAAGCAAACAAUGCUGACAUCACCGUAGGGGCUCAAAAUGCUCAAAUAAAGAAAAUUCUCAAGAAAUGAGAUGAGAGAGUUUAGAUUAUAUUUUGUACGUUUAUCCCUCCACAAUGAAUAUUUUGGACAGCCUCAUUGUUCAUAGCUUAAGCCUAAGAAUGAUCAUCCUCCAUUCAUGAUAUUAUAUAGUAUGAUUUUUGUAUUCUCUUGGUGAUCAUUUUUUAUUGGGUGUUUCGCUAUAAUGAUGUAAGAAAUUGAUUUUAAAUUUGUACAGGAUCCUAGAUCUUUGAAGAAGUUAAUAUAUAUAUAUAUCUAUCUAUAUAAGUAAUUACAUAUGAAAUUUUAUGAAAGAAAAGCCAGGCUAGAAAAAUGUGUAAUAUGAUUGCUGUGCUUUAUUUUGCCACCCAGAGAUGACUCUAAGAUAUAAAUUUAUGUGUCAGAUAAGAAACAAGUAUUCUGUUUUAUAUGCCAGUGCCUGUCAAAUUACUGUAAUCUUUUGAGAAAAAGAAAUGGAUUUAACUAAGCAUAUUUUCAGUCUUACAUGCAUGUACACACAAUCACUCACUUUACUCAUUGCAAACACACGCAAGCAAACACAUACUUGCUAUUACAUAAGUACUUAUUGAUUCACUCAUAUAGUUGUGUGUGUGUGUGUGUGUGUGUGUAAUAGAUUAUUCAUGGAUACCAAGGCAAUUGAUAAGAUUUGGACAUACUACCUUUCAUGAAAACUUGUUAUUCAGGCUUUAAAAUGAGGAUGAAAGAUGGGCAAUUAUUAAGAAAAAUAAAAAUUAGUGUAUUGUUAAUUCAACACUUCAUUGUAUAGUAGUAGAUAUGUUAUGUAUUAUAGAAAUGUCAGGGUUAAGAAAAAAGUCUUCAAAAUUAUUUACUUUGGUAUGUAUGUAUGUCUUCUGUCUGCAUGAUACUAAAAGAUUGAAUAUAUGUAUAUGAACAAAUAUAUAUUUCAUUAUUUAGUUCCAAGAGUCAAAAAAAUGUAUUUCGCUAUUAGUUUAUCUUCUUGAUUUAAGUGACAAAUGUUUGCAUAAAUUUGAAAAAGACAUUUUUAGAAUUUCACACCCUGUUUGGAGUAAGAAAAUCAGCAGUUGUGCAGUUUUUAGUAAAUAGCCAUGUUUUUAUGUUUAUAUAAAAUUGCAAUAAAUAUGAAGAACAGGACCUUUUUAACUUUCUCUAAUUUGGAAAUACAUUUUCCUUUUUAGUGCACCAUGAUGAAAACCUUCCUCUGAUAAAUCUUUGGGGUCAGUUUAAUAGUAAGAAUUGUAAUGCUGCUUCCUCCGGAAGAAAAAGUUCAUGGAAAACUUGGAGUUGCAGAUUAUACCACAACCUUGUGUCAUAUCUCAGAGGCUAAUGCCAAGCAAUCCGAAGUUAUUGGAUUCUUCACUUAUUCAGGACAGGGAUUGUAGUGUCUGUUACUCACAGCUCAGGGCAGCAUAGUCAUUGUAUGGAUAUUGCAGUCUUGUUUAUUUACAAUAUGAAUUUUCCUUAGACUCAGAGGUUGUUUGGUUGCAAUAAAGCACCCCUUGUGACUGAAAGGAAUGUGUGAGGGAGUGAAAGAGUGAGUGAUUAAAUGAGUGAGUGUGUGAGUAAGUAAAUAAGAAAGUGAGUGAAUAAAGGGUGUGUAUAAUUGGAUGUGUGCAUGCAAUUAUGGUGGCAUGCUUGUGUGUGUUUAAUAGUUUAUGUAUAGUAACGCAUAUAUCUGUCUUUCUAAUGUUCCCAUCCAUUCAUAUAUGAACAAUAAUCCUGUUCAUUGAUAUAGAAUCAGAUUGCCGCCUCAUGUGCCGCCUACUUAACCAGCCACUGAAACAGGUAAUGAGAUUAAAGCAAAACGUCUGGUCUGCUCUUCUCUUCAUUCCCUGCACAGGAGCCUGCAGGCAAUACUCAUUUGUGUAUCUGUGCUAAAGAAGUAAAAUGCAAAAC